AAUAGCAGCUUUGCAGGAGCUGUCUCGUAAUAUUAAUUAGCCUUCAUGGGUAAAUGAUGCAGCAACAGAAACGACGUCUUAAACCAAUUAUUAUCUUACUAAUCUGGUAGAUGAACACGUCUGUCAAACUGGGCUAAAGGCCAGCGGAUUGAGCCUCUAAGUACCAGUGUAUGUAAGCCUACGUGUGCACGUCCCGUUUUCUGUCGUUUUAGGUGUUCACUCCUUUUCAUCUGCGUCUCUUCAGUCGUCUUCUGAAUCUGCUGUGAGCUGACAGAUGCCCGCUGCACCACAAUAACAUAUCGAUAUAGCAUCAAGUAGGCCUCUAAUCUCCACAUAAAUAUAAAAUAUGGAUUAACAACAGAUUUUUGUUUCCGCUUUUUUCAUGCAGCUCUCUCUGUUCACUGAGAGCUGGUAAAAAAAAGAUGACCCUUUUCUCUGCGCUUGAGGAGGCUUGGCCGCUGUGUGGGGGAGUGGGUUACAUUCUGUGGCGUUUCCUGUGUUUGUAAACUAGACGCUAUUGAAAACGUCGGGCAAGAGAAGCGAAAAGACUUGCCAGGUUGACCUCAAAUUACUCUUUAGCCCAAUGUGAUGCAGCUAGACCAGGCGAUAUUACCAUAUCUAACAAGUUUUAAUGCUAGAUGAGUGAGGUGGGUGUGGCUUCCCACCAGCUCGACCAUCCUGACUGACGGAUAUCUGGAUGACCUUGUCCCCACCCCUGUCCCUGCGCUCACAUACACCACAGCAAUGUCCCAUCUGCCCAGCAGCUCAGUCCGCGACCAUAUGAAAUGGGCGGGGCUGCUUGGCUGCGAAGCUGUCCUCUCCAGUAUGGCCUUGAUGCAGGCCAGCACAAUGGCUGCUCCACCCAAAAAGAUGAUGACUCCACUUGGCCAUGGACCACCGCAGAGAGAGGGACCUGACCGUGCUCCUCAGAGCCAUAUGAUCCUCCCAUCUGGAAUGAGCUGUCCACCCCUGCUUAUACGGAAAGAAGGUGAAUUCCAAGCUCCCCGCCUGCUGGAUGAGAAGGAGAUGAGGGCCAACGAGGACAUGCAGCAGAAAAAAAAGAACAGGAAAUCUGUAACGCCCUGUAAAGUGAGAGAACAAGAAGGAAGGGGAGGGAAGGGCACAGGUGGAGAUGAGAAUGGUCCAUCAUCCAAAGUGCAGAAAAACUUUAUUUGUGAUCACUGUUAUGGAGCAUUUAGAAGUGGAUACCACCUGAAGCGACACAUUCUCAUUCAUACAGGGGAGAAGCCGUAUGCUUGUGCCGUAUGUGACAUGAGGUUUAUUCAGCGUUACCACCUGGAGAGACACAGCCUCAUUCAUACGGGGGUGAAGCCGUAUGCUUGUUCCAUGUGUGACAUGAGGUUUUUCCAGCGUUACCACCUGGAGAGACACAGACUCACUCAUACGGGGGUGAAGCCGUACGCUUGCUCCAUGUGUGACAUGAGGUUCUUCCAACGUUACCACCUGGCAAGACACAGCCUCACCCAUACUGGGGUGAAGCCAUACGCUUGCUCCAUGUGUGACAUGAGAUUUUUUCAACGCUACCACUUGGCAAGACACAGCCUCAUUCACACCGGGGUGAAGCCAUAUGCUUGCUCCAUGUGUGACAUGAGAUUUUUCCAGAGAUACCACCUGGCAAGACACACACUCACCCAUACGGGGGUGAAGCCAUACGCUUGCUCCAUGUGUGACAUGAGGUUCUUCCAGCGUUACCAUUUGGCAAGACACAGCCUCACUCAUACUGGGGUGAAGCCGUAUGCUUGUACCAUGUGUGACAUGAGGUUUAUACAACGUUACCAACUGGAGAGACACAGUCUUACUCAUACAGGGGUGAAGCCGUACGCUUGCACCAUGUGUGACAAGAGGUUUUUUCAGCGCUACCACCUGGCGAGACACAGCCUCACUCACAUGGGUGUGAAGCCUUAUGCUUGUACCAUGUGUGACAUGAAGUUUUUUCAGCGUUACCACCUGGCGAGACACAGCCUCACUCAUACGGGUGUGAAACCUUAUGCUUGCACCAUGUGUGACAAGAGGUUUUUUCAGCGCUACCACCUGGCGAGACACAGCCUCACUCAUAUGGGUGUGAAACCUUUUGCUUGCACCAUGUGUGACAUGAGGUUUGUUCAGCGUUACCACCUGGCGAGACACAGCCUCACUCAUACGGGUGUGAAACCUUAUGCUUGCACCAUGUGUGACAAGAGGUUUUUUCAGCGCUACCACCUGGCGAGACACAGCCUCACUCAUAUGGGUGUGAAACCUUUUGCUUGUACCAUGUGUGACAUGAGGUUUGUUCAGCGUUACCACCUGGCGAGACACAGCCUCACUCAUACGGGGGUGAAGCCGUAUGCUUGUUCCGUGUGUGACAUGAGGUUUAUUCAGCGUAACCACCUGGAGAGACACAGCCUCACCCACACGGGAGAGAAGCCAUUUGCUUGUGACAUGUGUGAUAUGAGGUUUAUCCAGCGCUACCACCUUGAGAGACACAAGCGUGUCCACAGUGGGGAGAAGCCUUAUCAGUGUGAACGAUGCCAGCAGAACUUUUCACGUACAGACCGACUGUUGCGGCAUCGGCGGUUGUGCCAGGGUCGCAGCGUAGCCAAAGUAGAGAACCAGCCGUGCUGCGAACCACGCCCGUAUCCCCAAGAACCCCCACCUGCACCUCCAACCUGGAGUCCCUCCCCCUCCAGGCCGACUGGCUGUCUGACAUUCCAUCUUCCCUACAUCCAAAACACAGCCGAGACAGGACAGGCCACAGGGUUUCUACUUCUCAGCUUUGUGCCGAGUGGCGCCACGCUCUAGCACAGAGUGAUUUUGCAGCUCCGGUCUUGGAAUUACUAAUGACAGAGGGACACUUGUGUUUUUGUUUUGUGGACUUUUUACUGUUUCCUUCCCCAUUUUUUUAAAGGCAAGACUUUUCUGUGAUGAACAGUGGUCCUGUUUUGUACUUAAUCCGUUUGAGUUUUGCAAACAAAACAAAAAAUUUUUUUUAUUGUUGUUCAGAUGUAUCUUCAUUUGAUGGUACUCGGAAAGGGGAGUGGGUAUUGUUUAUCCUAAUGUGUCUGCAAAAAGUGAGAUGAAGAGAUGAGGAAAAGUAUUUGAGCGUCUUUCUAAUUUUUUUCUUGUGUGGCCCAUUUGAACUCAAAGCGAUCGUCACUUAGGUCAGAAUGAAUAAAUCUGACCUCUCCUUCCAGCUAAAGCAAGCAAGCCACCCAGCUGACAUGUCAUGAGAACCACAUUUUGCUUGUCAUUGCAGCUAACACUGUAAAGCAUUAAGACAUUUCACCCAAAGCAGCAUCUGAUGUAAAUGUGACCCGGACAACAGAAUUUCCACGACUUUAUCUGCACAGGAUGAUUAAUUUGUGUCAGUAAUUGAAAAUAUCGAUUAUCUGACUAUGGCUCUUGAGUGAUGUUUUUUUUUUUGUUUGUAAU